GGCGGCGGAGCGGCGGAGCGGGGAAGAUGGCGGCGGCGGGCGCGGGGGCCGGGCCCGGGCCCGGCGCGGGACCCUCGGCCGGCGCCGGUGCGUCCAACCCGCGCAAGUUCAGCGAGAAGAUCGCGCUGCAGAAGCAGCGGCAGGCGGAGGAGACCGCGGCCUUCGAGGAGGUCAUGAUGGAGAUCUGCUCCACACGGCUGCAGGCGCAGAAGCUGCGGCUGGCCCACAGCCGGGGCCCCUUCUACAGCGGCUCCCUGCCCAACGUCAACCAGCUCGGCACCGGCGCUCCCGACUUCCAGGGCCCGUCGCCGCUGGAUUCCACGCGGAGCACGCGGCACCACGGGCUGGUGGAGCGCGUGCAGCGGGACCCGCGCAGGAUGAUGUCCCCGCUGCGCCGCUACGUCCGGCAGAUCGACAGCUCUCCCUACGGACCCACGUACCUGUCACCUCCGCCCGAGCCCAGCUGGAGGAGGACCAUGCCCUGGAGCAAUUUCCCCAUGGAAAAAGGACAUUUAUUCCGGCUGCCCUCAGCUCUCAACAGGACGAAUUCGGACUCGGCGCUGCACACGAGCGUGAUGAACCCCGCGCCCCAGGACGCCUACCUGGGCCCCUCUCAGGCCGGACCCCCGCCCGGCCGCCGUGCUGGUUUCCUGGACGGGGACUCGGACAGCAAAGUGUUUCUUUUCCAAGUGCCUCCCAUCGAAGAGAACUUCGAUGACAACAAGCACUCGCUGAAGCCCUGGGACACCAAGAAGCUCUCGUCCUCCUCGGCCCGGCCGCGCUCCUGCGAGGUCCCGGGAAUCCACAUAUUCCCAUCCCCGGAUCAAGCUGCCAACGUGCCCCUCAUGCCCUCGGCCCUCAACACGGGGGGGUCCCUGCCCGACCUGACCACGCUGCACUUCCCGUCCCCCUUGCCCACCCCCCUGGACCCCGAGGAGGCCCCGUACCCCGCCCUGAGUGGGGGCAGCAGCACCUCCAACCUGGCCACCACCAUGACCCACCUGGGCAUCAGCGGCACCGGCGGCGUGGGGCUGGGCUACGACCCCCCAGGACUCCCCUCACCUCUGCAGAGCUCCCUGAGUAACCCGUCCCUGCAGUCCUCCCUGAGCAACCCCAACCUGCAGGCCUCCCUGCGCAGCCCCUCCCUGCAGGCCUCCCUCAGCAACCCCUCGCUCCAGUCCUCCCACAGCAGCUCCUCCAUCCCCUCCUCCCUCUCCAACCAGUCCCUGCCUUCCUCCCUGUCCUCCUCGCUCUCCAACCCCUCGCUGCCCACGUCCCCCCGCAGCCAGCCGCUGCAGUCCUCGCCCAGCAACCCCAGCCUGCCCUCGGGGCUGGGCGGCUCCUUCGCGGCCACCUCGCCCCGCCGGCGCGUCCCGCUCAGCCCCCUGUCCCUGCCCGUGGCCGGCGACUGCAGACGGCAGCACCCCAAACAGUUCUCACCAACAAUGUCACCCACAUUGUCCUCCAUCACCCAGGGCGUCCCCCUGGACACCAGCAAGCUGCCGGCGGAUCAGCGGCUGCCGCCCUACCCCUACGGCCAGCCGGGAAUGCUGCUGGGCUCCCAGCCCCCCCCGCGGGCCCCCGCGCCCCCCCAGCGCCCCUACAACCCCCCCUACACCCCCGGCAGCGCCCUGGGGCAGCCCCUGGCACAGCCCCCCGGAGACUUCGGCCUGGGCAGCCUGGAGCAGUUCGGGGUCGGGGAGAGCCCCCCCGGGAACAGCGGAGGGUUCCCCGAGGAGCUGGGGGUCCUGAGUUACCCCCCGAGCGAGGGGGGCUACGACCCCCCCGGCCUGAACCGCCCAAACCUGAGCAACUGCAGCCGCCACGGCCCCAUCCCCAACAUCAUCUUCACAGGCGACUCCCCCCCGGGGCUGUCCAAGGAGAUCGCCACGGCGCUGGCGGGGGUCCCGGGCUUCGAGGUGGAGGGGGGGUCUCUGGGGGGGCUGGGGGGGCUGGAGGAGGAGCUGCGCAUCGAGCCGCUGACGCUGGACGGGCUGAGCAUGCUGAGCGACCCCUGCGCGCUGCUCACCGACCCCGCCGUGGAGGAUUCCUUCCGCUCCGACCGCCUCCAGUGAGCCCGGGCCGGCUCCGCGCCCCGCCCGCCGCGCCCGCCCCCCGGCCCCGCCGCCCGCUGCGCUCCCGCUGACACCCGGGGCAGCACCGGGGGAGCACCGGGAAAGCAGGAAGGCACCGGGAGAGCACCGGGAGAGCAGCGGGACAGCACCAGGAAUGCACCGGGAGAGCGCCGGGAGGGCACCGGGAGAGCAGGAAAGCACUGGGAGAGCACCCGGAGAGCAUCGGGAGAGCAGGAAAGCACCGGGAGAGCACCCGGAGAGCACCGGGAGAGCAGGAAAGCACCGGGAGAGCACCCGGAGAGCACCGGGAGAGCAGGAAAGCACCGGGAGAGCACCCGGAGAGCAUCGGGAGGGCACCGGGACAGCACCGGGACAGGCGGGCACCGGGAAUGCACCGGGAAUGCACCGGGAGAGCACCGGGAGAGCACCGGGAAAGCAGGAAAGCACCGGGAGAGCCCCGGGACAGCAACGGGAGAGCACCCAGAGAGCCCCGGGAGAGCAGCGGGAAUGCACCGGGAAAGCACCGGGACAACACCAGCAGAGCACCGGGACAGGCGGGCACCGGGACAGCCCCGGGAAUGCACCGGGCCAGCCCCGGGCCAGGCGGGCACGGGCGCCCCAAAGCCGGCUGGAGCCCCCCCAGUCCCUGCCUGCAGACCCCAAAGUGGGCAGGGGGCUGCCCAGGGACCCUCCAGACCGGCGCUGUCGGGGGCUGCGACCCCCCCCCCCAAUUCCUGCCCCAGGAACCGUCGCUGUGUCCCAGGAAAACCCUGGCAGAAUUGGGGAGGGGGCUCCCAAGGGCUCCCUCUGACUCCAGCGAGGCUGGGGAGGGGUCCCCAGCACCCCCAGCCCCCCCCGGGCUCUGUUCUCCCAGAAAAACCCGGGACCACCUCGGCGUGGGGAAACUGGGGAGGGGGAGACAGUCUGGGCCCCCCCAAAACAAACCUGGGGGGUUCCCUCCCCUAAUUCCCACCCCCAGACCCAACCGGGCACCGUUCUCCUGGGAAAACCCCGGGAAAUUUGGGGAGGGGGGAGCAGCCCAGGCGCCCCCCGCCCCCCCGGGGUGGCUGUACAUAACCCCGUAGGUAGAGACCCCCGGGGGGGGCUGGGGGGGGUCGCUUCUGCCUUUUCUUUAUCAUUUUUCCGGCUAAUCAUCAUGUUUAAGGAGAAAUCCCACUCCCCCCCCAAUAUGUACCCCCAGCCCCCCCCCCCAAAUUACCCAGCUGCCGGGGACGUGUAGAAAGCACUUGUAACUUUGCCCCCCCACCCCCCAAAAUUGCCCCCCCGGGGGGUGCCCGUCCGCGGGUGGGGGGCCCUGGGCCCCCCCCGGAGGGAGCCAGAGUGAUUUAUUAUUAUUAUUAUUUUUUAAAAUAUAUUCUAUGUUAAUUAAAA